AUGUUCCCCAAGCGAGAGGCGGUCCAGCAGCUCAAGGACCGCCUGCAGGCCUGGUGCGCGGAGGAGAACAGACGGGAGCAAGAAGACGUUUCUCUCCCAGGGGGAACUUCGCGAGAGGACCGACCACCCAGGAGGUGGCAAGCGUACGAAUUUAUCCCCCUGCCGUCGCGCAACCGCACGCUCGACUCGGAGGUCCUGGGAAUGAACGUGGGGCGGUCUGUGAACGACACCCGCUUAGAGGUGACCGUCGACUUUGAGAAGGAAGACGAAGCUCUGGAGGUCGGUAUGCGAUUGCUGGACAUGAUGGCCGAUGUGUCUAGAGAGCCCAAUGAGGUUUUCGGCUACGCCGACGAUGCCGUUACUGGUGGGCAACAAUUGGGCCCCUGGAAAAAGUCCGGGUCGGUGAACUCGUGGCGCAAGUGGCUGGAGCUGGGUGACGGAGAAGACCCUUUGCCGGAGUCGGCGGUGACCGUCUUCCGGACGGUCCAGGCGAACUGGGCGGACCCCAACAAGAUCGCAGCCGCGAUGAACUUCACGGUGUUCUGGAGCAAUGCCAGGAUGGAGGAGUCCAUGGCAGACCCGACUACACCGCUGAGAAGAGUGGAGGUGUUGCACUCCGCGCUGCACCCUCACGUGAUCAAGAUCGCGGAGACCUUCGCCUCCUCGGACGCCAUGCUCGACCACUUCCACCGCAACUACGACGGCUACCUGAGCGGCGUGUUCAACUUCAGGGCGGCCGUCAACCCCACGGUGCAGGCCUACACGCCCCUCGAGGCCAGCCUGCGGCCGUGCCUGAGCGCUACUCUACCCACCGGGGCGAUUGUACCGCUUGUGGCAAUCGGUGGGGCGGAGGAUGGCGUGUCGCCGCCCACGAUGAUCGUCUUGGAAGGCCUCAAGCUGGGUGUGCGGCAUUUUGUGCUGGAAGUUGGCUCGUCCGGCGUGAAGGAAGCCGUCGAGGGGCUACAAGCGGCCUUGGCGUUUGGCGUGGUGAAGAGGGACCACCUGUUCGUGACGAUGAUCGUCGGGGAGAGCAACUCGGCCGUGGCCGGGGGGCGGGGGAUAGCCGCCGCGGUGAGCGAGACGCUGGCGUCGGGCCGCGUGGACGACGGCGGCAUCGAGACGGACGGCACCGCGACCAGGCUGCUGGAUUCCGUGGACGCGCUAGUGCUUGCGAGGGAGAGCGGCGAGUACUUCGACGACGACAGGCUGUUCCUUGAGAUGUGGGACGAAGCCCACCAGGCGGCCGCCUCCCCCCCCCGAGAGUCGACGGGGCUACCGGCGGUGCCUACCGAGCAGACGGGCCUGGACACGCCCGCGGAUGAUGACCCGUUCGGCAGUCCGUUCGACAUUCCCGCCGACAGCCUCGCCGCCGACAGUCCCGCCGCCAAAAGCAGCAGCAGCAGCAGCAGUAGCGCAGACGGCAGCAACGACGAGCUAGACUCUCGCCUCGGGAGCCACCUCGGUGUGGGAGGCCACGGGUCCAAAGUCGCCGACCGCCUCGCCCUCCUCGUGGACCAAUCACCGGCGGCGGGGGCCGCUGCCGCCGAUGUUCCGGGGACCGUUCCGCGGAAGCUUCCGUCUCUGUACUUCGGGGACCUGAGGGCCGGGGACGGCGCGGCCACGACGGCGACGAUCGAGCUCUGCCGCGAGAGAGGGGUGCAGGCGUUCUCGCUGGAGUGCGCGGGGGGACGGGGGGCCGAGGAGGCCCGCAAGGGGGCCGCGGCUGCGGCGGACUACGAGCACGAGGACGUCACGGACGACGAAGUCCUGGCGAAGUGGGUCAUGGAGAUCGAUGGCGGGGUGGUCUGGCGGCCGCGGGAGGUCAAAGAGGUGGCAAGGGUGCUGCCCCUGGCGAGAUAUUACUUGCCACCAGAGUGGAUCUCGGAGAUCGCGGACCGGGGGGGCUGUCCCCCGGAGGCUUGGGCCAGGACGUUGUCCCGCCUCUGCCCGUCGGAAGGGACACCCUCGGAGGAGCAACUAGGGGCCGAAGUGGAGGAGACCGUGGCCGGGCUGAUGACACCGGACGACGGAGAAGAAGCGGACGGUGUCGGGGACAGCUAUGACGGCUUGUGGGGGAUGGACGAUGACGAAUGA